UUUCUCUGUACCCUUUUCUCUUGUCUCUUGUCUUCUUCUUCCACCACUGCGCGUCGGACCCCUGGCGCGAGAUGGUCGCCUGGCGCAAGACAUGGAUGGAUGUGUACUGACCUAUCUUCCGCCCACGAUGUAUGAUGUAUGAUGGAUGUAUCACACGAUCAGCGACGACCUCAUCUUGAGCGCGUCUCUCCUCCGAUCGGAGAACAAGAACAAGAACGCGAUGAGGACGAGGGAGAUGCAGAUGCAGAGCGCGGGGGAAGGGCUCUGGAUCGACGCGAGCGUCCGUGACCCAUCCAUUCUAUCCGUCGUCCUUCUCCAUAUAAAAACUUACUCCUGGUGUGAAUGGACUACGAUAGGUGUCGAUGAAGACGGCGCUCGAACUGUCUGCUGUUGGAGAUAUCGCGGGAAGACGGGUGGACGAGAUCAAUGAUGCUUGUAGGCGGAUCGCGUUACAGCCCGAGAGGCGCGCGAAGAGUCUCCGAGGAUUGAAGAGGACGGUGCGGGAGGACGUGGCGGGGGUUGUAGAGCACGAACAGGUUGCGUCGGACGCGGAGGUGCUGAUCAGGAACUACAAGGCGAUGCUACGCAGCCGUUGAGCGUUGUGCGCUGAGCACCGAAGCACAGAGUACAGAGUUCUUGGAGGGAUGGAUGUGGCUAGACCAGAGGUACCAGGAGAUGGAGUGGCUCAUGGAGAGGACGGAAUCCGCUGCGCUGUUGCUUGUUGUAAGAUACGGUCUGUGAGAAUGCUGUGUAACUUCGGGGUGUGUGGU